AUGAGCAACUUCAAUGAUAUCCUCGCUAAUCUUUUUCGAAGUCACAAAAAUUGUCACGGAUAUAUGUUGUGCAGAAUUUUGGUCGCUAGAGAAUGUCGAAGGUUAGGAGAAAAUAAUAAAACGAUAAUCGCUGGUGUAGCAAAUUAUUUAUGGAAAACUUCAACGAGUCAAGAAAAAUCCGAAUAUACCGAUUUGGCACAAAGAGUAAAAACCCUUUAA